UGUCCAGACAAGCUAGAGCGCAACCUUGUUCCUCCGAAGGCAUGGCACAUGAUCAACGAAGGCACUUCGAUCCACUGCACCAGCUCGUGAAGACGCAGUACGGCCGUGAGUCCGGGGCUUACUGCGACAUCUGCCUAUCCAAGCUCGCCGGCCUUGUCGGCCACCGCUGCAGCGCCUGCAACAUCGACCUCCACGAUGCGUGCGCCGGUUACUUCAAAGAGACAGCCUCCUUCUUCGCGCACCCGUGGCACACCCUCAAGCUAAGCCGCAUCCCACACCCCAGUGCCAGUAGCCCCAUUAGGUGGUACUGCGACCUCUGCUUGGAGGUGUGCCCCCCAGGAAGCUUCAUGUACCGCUGCACCCAGUGCCUGUUUGACGUGCACCCUCUCUGCACGAUGCUCCCUCAGACGAUCCGUAGCCCUCUGCACCCCGAGCAUGACCUCCGCAUGGUUCCUUCAUUCGGAGACUGCUCGGCGUGCGAGCAGAGUUUACCCGUGUGGCACUACGUCUGCCCUUGCGCGGUGCGGCUGCACAUCGACUGUGCCUCCGGCGCGCCGGCGACCAGUUGUAAUAGUAAUACUGCCGGAAGGCCCAGACGCCGUACUGCGGUAGCCAAGUUUCUCCUCAAGACGAGCUUCCGUAUCGCGGUCAACGCAGCAACCGGCGGCUUGGGAUCGCCGGUGCUCGACGUCCUGGCCGCGGUCUUCAAGAGUUGACGUCGUGGCCGCAUGCAUGCGCAGCUGGUGUUCAACGAAUGUCCUGCGAUUCCAUGAUCUGUCAGUACGUGGUGUACGUGUGCGUUAGUUCUAUCUGACGGUGCUUUCGUCCUCCAUGACCAUGCGUGUACUUGGGUGACGUGCUGUAUCUAUACAUAUGCUCCUCAGUAAGGGCAUCGCCUGUGAUA